UGUUUUAUUUUCCUGUAAACAGUGCUGGAGGCACACACAGGACAGUCUCUGUCAGGUUAUAUAACCCAAGCUAAUGAGCAAAAUUUUGGAAUAACUGGACAUUUACACAAGUUCGUGAAGAUGAACUCCUGGCUCGUGCGCGCGCUCGCGGUGAUGCUGGUCGUGUGUAGUCGUGACGCCCUCUCGUGUCCAAAGAGAUGCACGUGCCACUUCAGCGCCAAAACCACCGAGGUCGUGUGUCCUGAUGCUGGACUCUCUCAUUUUCCUGGAGACGGUCUUCCUGCCAGCACCACGUCUUUGACCAUCCAGUUCACCAACCUGAGCGUGCUGACUUCUGAACACUUAAGAGCCAUCCCGCUUCUGGAGGAGUUACACCUGCCCGGCAACAAGCUCAGCAGUUUACCGGCAGAUAUUCUGAAAGACCUGAAGUACCUGCACACCAUUGACCUCACAGAUAAUGAACUGCGAGAGCUACCAGAGUAUGUUUUCCAUCACGCUCCACUCCUCAACCUGGUGCUGAAAGACAACCGCAUCUCCAGCAUCCACCCAGAUUGGUUUCCCAACAACAGCAAUCUCACUUGGUUGGACCUGUCUGGAAACCAACUCAUGAAAUUUCCAAUGGCCCAACUACAAAAUCUGAGACACCUGAAGGUUCUGCACCUCUCGCAGAACAAAAUCGAAGAACUUCCGUUAGGGUGUCUAGAUGCUCACCCUGCUCUGGAGAGGCUUUAUUUGGACCAGAACAAAAUCCAGACCCUGGAUGUGAAAGCCUUUAUCCGCUCUACUAACCUGACGCACAUCUUCUUGCAAAAAAACAGAAUAGACAGCCUUCCUCCAACUGUAUUCCAGGAGCUCAAGCGCUUGGAGUAUGUUGAUCUCAGUGACAACAGGCUGCAGUUUCUGUCACCUGGCAUAUUAGAUAUUAAUACCAGCUGGGUGGAGCUGACCUUUAACCCUUGGCAUUGUGAUGCUAAAAUAGAGUAUCUAUGGAGGAAAGUUACCAUGGAGUCGCUUCAGUCAGAGCCUAAAUGUGCUGCACCAGAGAGCCUGAAAGAUCGUGUCAUUGCAACACUUACCCGCAAAGACAUGGGCCUUAAAGAGUGAGAGAAACAAGUUCUGGAAGAGAAAAUGUAUUAAAAAGUGGAAGCAAAGGUUUAAGCAAUUUCCAUUAAUGGUUUGCAAGCUGCACUGGAAAUAAACAUUUAAGAUUUAAUGGAACUGUA